AUGAUGCCCGCGAGGGCGAUCCCGAAACCCAGACAGACUCGUUUAACUCCCUUUAGGCCCCCGACCCAAACGACCCGGUCCACUAGCGCAGCCUCUAGCAUUUGCUGUGCAGAGCCCAUUCCUGCGGCCGACCUAGGUCUUGCGAGUAGAGAGACAACGUCGCCCUCCUCCAUUUCAUUUGUCGGCAACUCCACCAGGCGGGGAGUCUGCCAGCGCGCCUCCGGUCUCUUCGUCGGCAAUUCCUCCAAUUUUCCGGUAGCGAGCCGCCCGCUUUCGACGUUGCAACCUCAGGUGAUUCUUUCUCUCUUCCAGUCGACGUCGCCACUUGUUCCUGCACCUGAAGCUGGCAACAUCAUGAUGGUCCAAAUCGCCUUACCACUCUUUUGGAACGUCAUCCUCCUCUUUAAUCUCGCGAUUCGAAGCUUCGGUGAAUACUCCAUUCUAUAA